AUGUUCUUGUUAGCGGGCACAGGCUUUGGGAAGAGUCGUGUGCCCAAGUUAUUCUACCUUGCUCAUGAUCAAGAGCGCUACACGCCAAAUGUGCUCAGCAUCAACCCGUUGGAUUCUCUAGGGGAAGAUCAGGUCAGCAAAAAAUCUGUGGUUCAGCUGAAGGAUGUUAAUCUGACGGGGGCUAACUGCACCAAACAAGUUUGUGAUGAUGUGUUACAAGGGAAAUACAAUUUUGUACAUGUGGUGGGUCCUUUGCCCAUCGGUGCGCCAGCUUCAAAGGAAUCACAUGUUCAAGCUGACCUAACACAUGUCGAGGAAAGUGAUUACAAACCAGGCCAAAAACUGUUGUUGAAUAACAACCAAUGA